CGGAAGCGCUGCAGUAGGAGACACGUGGUUGUACUUUCAUCAUGAUGGAUAUAGAGAUUGUCUCUGAACAACCGGAUCCUGAAGGAUCUGAAGCUGGUUCUGAUGUCGAAGAUGUGGGUUCCUCUUCUGACGGGGAUGCAGACAGUGGUAACGAGGGAGGCGACUCUGGUAAUGACAAUGACUCAGAAGACGGCGAUCCGAAUAAAGGAUGGGCAGAUGCCAUGGCAAAAAUUCUCAAUAAGAAAAUAUCAACGGGCAAAUCGAGCACGAUACUGGUGAAAAGCAAGGCCCUGGAGAAGGAAAAGGAGAAGGAAAAACAAGAAAAGUUAGAAAAAAAGAAACAGCUUGAUAAAAAACGGCAAUGGGAAAUGAUGUGCAGAGUGAAGCCAGAUGUUGUCAAAGGCAAAGAAGUGGAGAGAAACCUGCAGAGAAUUGCCACUAGGGGUGUUGUGCAACUAUUUAAUGCUGUCCGAACACAUCAGGGUAACAUCAGUGACAAACUAAAGGAGGUGGGAGGCUCUGAGAGAAAGCGGAGUAAACUCAUCUCAUCUGUCUCCAAGAAAGACUUUAUUGAUGUUCUUCGAGGAAAAGAAAGUAAAACGGAACAGAGUGUCGCAAAGAAAAGAGGUUCAAAAAAGCCUGCUGUGAAGUCUGAGAACGUGUCAGAAUGGAGCAUAUUACGUGACGAUUUUAUGAUGGGCGCAUCCAUGAAGGACUGGGAUAAAGAUAGCGUUGAUGGAGAGCAUGGCGUAGAACCAAAACGCAGACAUAAGCUGGAUGAUAGUGCAAGUGAUUCCGAUACAUAAGUCUGCAAGAGGAAGAGACUUUCAAGAUAACCAGUUAUCUUGUUUGCUUACUCAAAUAAACUCUUCAUUCUGUGAAUGCAUAACAUUUUUCGGAUUACACAAAUACCUUUUUAUAGGGAAGCUAAAUACUAACCUUUUUUUAUCUUCUGGAUUUGACAACCCUUUUUAAUCCGGAAAUAUUUUCCACAAAUGUAUAAUUUUCAGAAUUCUUUCCAAAACAUUUUUUUGCUCAGUCAAAACAGUGGCACCUGCCCAACAGUGAAAGGUUUUGCCAAAGGAUAUUAAAAAUUAGUGUUAUUCCAUUAUUGAUACACUGUGCCGGUGAGUGCAUUUUUAUUCCCUCAUACACCUUAAGGAUUCUGUGCCCAGGAGAAGGUAUUUUGGUUAUAUCCAUUUAAUGGGUAUCUCCUUGUGUGGUGGAUAUACUGAAAGUCUACUGUUGGCAGUAAAAGGCCUCUUUGGAGGUGCAUGAAACGAAUUCCAAAACUGCGCUUAAAAUGAUUCUGCAUGAAUAUAAUUCAUGGCAUUUCAGUGAAGUCUCUCCAAGGUUACCAAAACAUAUUUAUUUCAUUUUAAACGUUUUUGGUCUUGCGUUAUCAAAGCAGUGCUAAACCUUAGCAACUUUUGAAUUAAUCUCUGCUUGCAUGUAUACCUUUGAGAACAAGCCACACAUUUGCCAUUUGAUGUGGGAAAAGCAUGAGAAUAUUUCCUCUCUGCUUCGCACAGUGUUGCCAAGCCAUGCUGUUUAACUUUAUUGUUGAAGGGAUGUUGCACACGAAAUGAAAGGUUAAUAAGGGUAAUCAUUUUUUUUUAAUUGCAUGGGCUUUCUGUAUCAUGAGUUGAAUUUUUACUUGUGUCCCUAUAUGCAUAAAUUAAAAAAAAAAAAGACGGCAUGCAUUUAUUUGCUAAAUUUCCUGUGAUAUAUCCUCUGUUAGUUGCUGGGUUCAUUUUUAAAGGGACGUUAUCAUAUUUUUUUUUGCCUUGUAACAAACAUAUGUUCUCUAUAAACCCAUUGGCUGUUACCAACACAAAAUAUUAAUUGCUAUAUCAACUUCGCUAAAUUUUCUGUUUUCCCUAAGUUUAAUAAAGAACAUUUUAAAUGUUAUGAGACCGAAUUAAAUGAAAUGUUGUAGUUUGAAAUACAUGUUGUACAUAAGGGAAAUAGGAUCUGUGAAUGAAUUUGUUUUGAUACAUUUUGCGUGUAUAGUGUGUUUCUUUAUGCCUAUCAUACUAGUAGGAAUGUGUACAACACUCCUAUCAAAGGAAACCUAAUUGUACUAUAGCCCUCAAAAUUAUCUGUGGUUACCUCAUCCUGAGGAUUUACUUUUUGAAGUGUGAAGUGAAGUGGCUGCCUACUCGAUAGAUUAGACUGGAAGGAAAGUUCUCGAGCGGGAUUACCUCCGCUCUCUAAAUGACUUAGGUCCAAAGCUCACAGAUGAAUGGAAUUUAGCUUGGAUUUGUAGACUGGAUUUGCUGAUAAAACAUGCUCUCAAAAUGGAUAACCAACUAGUCUGUCUUUCCCAAAAUGCAACUGAAUUAAAUUACAUAAUACAAUGAAAAAUGUCUGCAUACUCAUUGCUAAAAUAAAAUAAAAAAAGUUAAAUGAAAUUUGCCCUUUAAA